AUGUCGGCGGCGGCCGCCGCGGCAGCGGGCCAUCCCCUCGCCCUCCUCGGCCUGGACGAGGGAGAUUUCAUCUUGAUCAGAUACCAGGUCGGGGGGGCGAGGAUCUGGCAUGAGCGCCUCAUCCUGGCCUUCCAGCCCGUCGCGCCGUUCGGAUGCGGGAUCCUGACCCCGGACGGCCACGGCUACGUCGAGGUCAUCGCGAAUGGAGGCGCGGACGUGGCAGAGUUCUGCAUCCCGGCUGGAGGCGCCGCUGGAGGCAACUCGGCGGCGACGGGCGGGGAUCAGGUCUACCGGUUCCGCGCUCUGCCUCUGCCGGCGGCCGUCGCGGCCGCGGCCACCGCCACCCGGGGCACUCUCGGGCUCGCUCCGGGUCCGGCCGUGGCCCUGAACACCGUGGGCCGGGUCAUCGCGCCGCCGGCCCCCGCGCCUGCUGCCGCUGGCGCCCCUGCCGCCGCGGGCGGCCCUGCCGCUGGCGGCGUGGCGGGCCUCGCGGCGGCCCUUGGUGCGCCCGCUGCGGUCGGAGCCCCGGUCCCUGGGGCAGCGGCGGGCGCGCUCGUGCCGGCCGCAGCGCCCGCUGGGCCCGCGCUGGGAGGCGGCUUUGUGGCCGCAGCUCCCGCGGCUGGCGCUCCGUUGGCCGCUGGGCUCGUGGGCGUCCCCGCACCCGCGGCCGCCGCGCCCGCUGCCGCGGCCGUUGCGCCCGGAUUGCCUGACUUAGGGGCAGGCGCCCUGGCGAAUGCUUUCGCCGCGGUGGCGGCUGCCCCUGGCGGCGACGCGCGGAUGCAGGCCAUCGUCUUGGACUCCCAAGGGGUCCGCUACGUCGACUUCAGGUCGGCCGUAACGAGGAUGCACGAGUUACCUUGGCAUGACUGGCCGCUCAAGGGCCCCAGAACGCUGUUGUGGGUGCUGAACUACAUAUGCCGGAACGGUGGCACACCCCUCGGUCGCCACACCAAGUGGAAGGCCGAGGCCUACCUGGACGACGAGGACCCGGGGGUGGACGUGCACCUGCUGUGCUGCAGGCUGUUGGAGUUCGGAGUCGUGUAUGAUCAGACUCAUGCGACCAAUCUAGCUUCUAUGGAACUGGUCGGCCGCACGCUGCAGACCCAGGAGGAGCUGUACCGCGACAGGUUCGCACCCACGUCCGAGCACGGGAACGACGCUGCGCUGCUGUCCGGCGUCCAGGACGCAGGCAGCGGCAUCUGCAUGGCCCCGGCGCUGCGCGACUGGCUGGCCGCCGAGAAGUCGCGCGAGGCGGCGAUUGCCAAGGAGCGGCGCAAGGCUCGCGAGGAGCGUGCCUUGGCCGCCGGGACCGGCGCGGCCGUGGCCGCGGCGGCCGAGGCCGUGGGCGACGGGGCCGUGGGGGCGGCAAUACCCCAGGCCCCCGGCCGCCGGGGACACGCCGCCAGCGCGACGUCUUCCCGCUGCCGGUCGUGCCGGCCGCUGCUCCGCGCGGGGUGGAGCCUGGCGGUCGUCGCGCUGCUCGUCGGCGCGGGGCAGCGCCAGGCCAUCAUGCAUAUCGACAGUUGCGUCAAGGAGCUGGGCGCGCCGCCGUCCGAGUUCAGUGACACGCGUGCUGGUCAAGACGGGGCCCUUCGGGAGCUCCUCUCCUGCGCCAACCUGUACGGUUCGGGCGCCGCCUCGUCGUCCCCCUACGUCCGCGACCGAGUCGCAUGGCCCGCUGAAGGUGCUGCGCCCGUCGAUCUCGUCGGGCUUGUGCAGCCCCAUGACAAGGCCUGGCUGGAGGGAUGGCAGAGCCAUAUGCUUCGAGAUCGGCAGUCCGCCGAGGCCUUGGCACGUUCGGCCUGCCCACGCGGGCCGUACUGCGACCCGAACCUGUUCCGGGACGCGACUGCCUACGGCCAGUUUUUGAUGGAGAUGCACCGGAGGCAGAUGGUCACCUUCGCGGCCGACAGCGGUCAGCCGCACACCGUCGGCCUCUUCUUUGUGCCCAAGAAGUCGGGGGCCCUCCGGAUAAUUUUCGACACGAGGGCCGCCAACUGCAAGUUUUUGGAUCCGCCGGCCACGAGGCUUCCUUCUGCAGCGUCCUUCGGCGCUAUCGAAGCCCCGGCGGACGGCAUGUACCUCUCCACGUGCGACCUGGAGUGCGCCUUCUACCACAUGCGGCUGCCGUGCGGGAUGGAGACGCUGUUCACCUUGCCGUCGAUCUCGGUCGCCGUGUUGCAAGAGCUCGGCCUGAUCGACCUUGACUUCGAUCCUCUCUCGCGCGUGACGCCCAUGGUGACCGUCCUCCCGAUGGGCUUCUCGUGGGCGUUGCACUUCUGCCAGUCGGCUGCGCGCUCAGUCCUUGCUGAUGAGGGCCAUGAGAGGGCCAUGACAGCCAUGGACGGUCAAGCUGGUGUUGUAGUCACCGACCCGGUCUCCGUCGGCGUCGGGGCUUACGUCGACAACAUCCUGGCGUUCGGUGCUGAGAAGGGCGCGGUCGACCAGGCUAUGACACGGCUGGUGGCCGCUUUCCGCGCCCGAGGGCUUCCUGUCCAUGAGAUCGAGCCCGCCGCAAAGGACCUGGACUUCUUGGGCCUCAGCUUGAAGCACGGGAGGUACCUCCGGAUCAAGCCGCGGAACAUCUGGCGGCUGCACUCGGCAAUCACUGGGCUUCUGAGGCGUGGCUGGUGCAGCGGCCACAUGAUGCGAGCAGUUCUGGGCCAUGUGACAUGGUCGUCCAUGAUUCGCCGAGAGGUCCUCACGGUGCUCCAUAGCGUCUACGGCUUCGUGGCGGCGUACGGCGAGAGGCAGGGCAGGAUCUGGGCGUCGGCGGCGAAGGAGUUAACCAUCAUCCGUGACCUCCUGCCCGUCUUGUCCGGCGACCUCGCGUCCGCGUGGCACCCCACGUUGACGGCUAGCGACGCAUCGCCCUUCGGACUUGGGGUGAUGCGGAGACGCGCGCCUCGCGCCGUCUGCGCCGCCGUCGGCCGUUGCUCGGAGAAGUGGCGAUUCAAGGUCGAGGGCGGGCACCAGGGGGACCCCUACGAGGAGCUCAUGGGCCAGUACGGGGACCCCUACAAGGAGCACGUGGGCCUGCACGAGGACCCCUUCAUCUCCAAGGGCCAGCACGGGGACCCCCACGUGGAGUUCAUGGUAGACAACAGCCUCACGCGUGCUGAUGCCUCUUACGUCGUGGGCGACUCUUGGGACAUGGAGGAGGUUCCUGGGCACCUUACCCGCAUGGAUGCCUGGAAGUCAGUCUCGGCGCAGUCGGUCUCCACGGGGGCCAACAUAUUGUACCUGGAGGGGGAGGCUCUGGUCACGUCCUAUCGGCAUCUCCUCCGAGGACCCGCCUUGGUCGUCGCGGCGCUCUGCCUUCUGUUCGGGCUCCUGGCGCGCGAGGCGCAGGCCAUGCCGAGGCAGAGGGCCCCUACGCCUUCAGCCCGGACUCGCCGGCGCGCCCAGCUGGCGGCGGAGGCGGCGCGCGGGCGGCCGCUGGUGGGCGCCCUGACGCUCUUGGAGCAGCUGGCCGUGAGGCCGAACACGGAGACCCUGUACCGCAAGCUCCUGCAGACGUUCAUCACGUACUGCUACGACCACCGCCGGGACUGGAGCAACCUGCGCGAGCUGGACCGCCUGCUCGCCGAGUACUUCACCUCUCGUUACAUCUCGGGGGCGGCGGCGAGCGUCGGAUCACAGACGGUGGCGGCGCUGGCGCACUUCACGCCGGGGCUCCCCAGGCGGGUGGGUUCGCUCUUGCCCCGCGCCUCACGCGCGAUGCAGGCGUGGCGGAGGCGGGCCCCGACCCUCACGCGGUUGCCCAUCCCGAGGGCGGUCAUGUUCGCGCUGGCGGGCGUCCUGAUCGCCUGGCAGCAGGCGCCCAUGGCGGCGUGGCUGGCGAUUGCGUUCUCGGCAUACCUCAGGCCUGCCGAGGCUCAGCGGCUGACCACGGACAGCAUUGUGGAGCCCUCGGCGUCAGCGGGGCCAGCUUACCAGUUCUGGGGCCUGCUCCUCCACCCCGCAGACCGCGGGCAGGCGGGCAAGACGGGUGCCUUCGACGAGUCGAUCCUCUUCGACCUCGACCUGUACUUGGUGCCGGUGCUCAUGGCGCUCCGCUGUCGGGGGGGCCCGGGCACGCCGCUGUGGAGCUUCUCCCUCGGGGACCUGAACAGGAUGUUCAUGCUGGCGGCGGCGGCGCUGGGGCUCUCCCAUCUGCGUCCCCACCUGUACGGGAUGAGGCACGGAGGAGUGAGCGACGACCUCCUGUCCCAGCGGAGGUCGCAAGAGCAGGUCUACCGGCGAGGCCGCUGGGCUGUGCCAUCCUCGAUGCGGAGGUACGCGAAGGAGACGGCCCUCUUGCGCGAGCUGCAGGGCGUGCAUCCGGACGUGUACGCAUUCGGCGACCUGGUCGCGCAGAGCUUCGCGCUGCUGAUCGAGAAGGGCUUCGCAGGCGCGGGGCUGCAGCGGCUCAUUCCGGCCAGCCUGCUGGAGCUGAGCGCGGCCAGCCCUGCCGGCGCCAGCGCUGCCGCCGGCUCGGGGCGUCUUCGGCCGCGGCCGGGCGGCUCCGAAUGCGCCGACCACCUGCGGCGCCGCUUCAAGGCUGCGGUCAGCCGCGGCUCGCUGUGCCGGCGUCGGGUGGUGCUGGAGCUGUUCUGCGGCAGUGGCCACUUCUCAGCCGCCGCCCGCCGCCUGGGCCUGUCGGCGCUCGGCCUGGACUUUCGGCUGUCGCCGCUGGAGGACCACUGCCGCCGCGACUUCGAGCGGGUGGUGACCGGCUGGCUCCGCAGCCGCGCCGUGGCAGCCGUCUUCCUCGGUACGCCCUGCACGACGUGGUCUCGUGCGCUCCGGAAGGCUCUGAGGUCGCGCGCCCAUCCGAUGGGCAUCAGCGGCCUUUCGACAUCUGAGAUCGCCCGCCUGACUACAGGCAACGCCUCGUUUUACUUCACAUGCCGCAUCAUAC